AUGAAGGGCCUUCUCAAGGGCCUCCGAUACAUCUCCCAAAUUUUUGACGCGAAGGAGCCGGAGAUCCAGAUCGGAGCCCCCACGGACGUGAAGCACGUGGCGCACAUCGGCUGGGACAGCGCCUCCGUCACCAACCCGACCUGGAUGAACGAGUUCAAGGCUCAGCCGGGAGCGUCAGGGAGCGGGGGGCCGGAGGGCGCGGGGGCGGAGCAGCCCGGAGGUGCUGGCGGAGCAGGAGCGGACAAGGCGGAGCAGUCGGAGAAGCCGCGGCGGACGAGAGGGAAGGGGUCGGGUGGCGGCGAGGGGAAGCGGCGGGACGCGGACGGGUCGCGGCGGCCGGCGAAGGGGGAGGCGGCGGAUGGCUGCGAGGGGGAGGCCUCGGGGGCGGCGGCGACGAAGCAGCGGCGGAGGAAGCCCAAGGCGUCAGGGGGCACCUCGUCGGGGCGGUCAAAGUCGUCGUCGGGGGGAGCCGGGUCGUCGGAACCGGCCGCCGCCGGUGCGGAGGACUAA